GAGUCUGGGCGGCGGUGAAGGCGGCAGCUCCCGGUUGAAGAGCCCGCACUCCCCGCUGACAUGUCCCGUAGCCGGUGUCCCCCCUGCCCUCCGCCCCGCUGAUGCCGCUGCCCCGCUCUGCGUUCCCCCGUUCCCCGCUAUGAGAGAUCCGCAGUUUCCCCGCAAUGACGGUGCCUUUACUGAAGAUCGGAAUUGUCCUCAGCACCAUGGCCAUGAUCAGCAACUGGAUGUCCCAGACUCUGCCCUCCCUGGUCGGACUCAACACCACCCGGCUGAGCGCGGCCAGUGCCGGCAGUCUGGACCGGAGCACCGGGGUAUUACCAGACAAUGCUGAGGAUGGCUGGCGUGUGUUCAGCUCUGCGCCGGACAGUGAAGGGAGGUGUAUCUGCACCGUGGUGGCUCCCCAGCAGACUCUGUGCUCACGCGACGCCCGGACCAAGCAGCUGAGGCAGCUCCUGGAAAAGGUGCAGAAUAUGACUCAAUCUAUAGAGGUCUUGGAUCGACGAACCCAGCGAGACCUGCAAUACGUGGAGAAAAUGGAAACACAGAUGAGAGGCUUGGAAACAAAAUUCAAACAAGUGGAGGAGAGUCACAAAGCACAUCUCUCCCGACAGUUUCAGGCCCUAAAAUCGAGAAUGGAUGAACUGUUGCCUUUAAUCCCCGUGCUGGAACAAUAUAAAGCUGACGCCAAGUUGGUGUUGCAGUUUAAGGCGGAAGCGACGAAUCUCACGGCUGUACUGGCCGAGCUUCAGGAGGAGAUCGGAGCGUACGACUAUGAAGAGCUCCUGGGCAGAGUCUCCAAUCUUGAGGACAGGCUUCGGGCCUGCAUGCAAAAAUUAGCCUGCGGCAAACUGACAGGAAUCAGCAACCCACUCACCGUCAAGACAUCCGGUUCAAGGUUUGGUGCCUGGAUGACUGAUCCUGCUUCACCAGAGGGUGACACCAAGGUUUAUUACAUGGAUGGUUACCAUAACAACCGCUUUGUGCGUGUUUAUAAGUCCCUGCAGGAUUUCAUGAGUACAGACAAUUUCACAGUGCAUCGUCUGCCUCAUCCCUGGUCUGGCACAGGUCAGGUAGUCUACAACCAGACCUUGUACUUUAACAAGUACCAGAGCCACAUCAUCAUCAAGUUCCAUAUCCCGACUGAACGCCUGCUUACUCAACGAAGCCUGGACUACGCAGGAUAUAACAACAUGUACCCUUACUCUUGGGGAGGCCACUCUGACAUCGACCUGAUGGUGGACGAGGGGGGUCUGUGGGCUGUCUACGCCACCAAUCAGAACGCGGGGAACAUCGUCAUCAGCAAGCUGGACCUGGGGACUCUGGAGGUGAUACGGAGCUGGAACACUGGCUAUCCAAAACGUAGUGCUGGAGAGGCUUUCAUGAUCUGUGGCACUCUGUACAUGACCAACUCACACCUGGGCGGUGCCAAAGUUUACUACUCAUAUAACACCAACACUUCCACCUACGAAUACACUGACAUCCAGUUCCAUAACCAAUACUCUCACAUCUCCAUGCUGGAUUAUAACCCCAAGGACCGAGCCCUUUACACCUGGAAUAAUGGUCACCAGGUUCUGUAUAAUGUCACAUUGUUCCACAUCAUUAAAUCUGAUGAAUUAUAAGACCACACAAAGUCCUUCAUUUCCACAAUG